AGAAGUGAAAGUUGUCUGGAGCAGUUUCUCCAAAAAAAACAUCAGGGGGGACUCUAUGACUGUGGACAACCGGACUCACCCUGUAAGACCUGAGAACCGGAGGGAAUACGGCAUGUGAAGGGGGUCCUCUGUCCAGUCCAUUCGGUCUGGAAUGAGCCCAAGUCCGACCUGAGUCCUGUCCAGGCCUAGGUCCAAGUACUGGUCCAGGUCCUCACCAUGGCCUCCUCGGAUUCGCCUCCAUCAUCCUUAACUGGGAAACAAGUUGAACAGAUGUCAUCACAAUUAGAGAGGGGAGGACAGAUGGUGACACCUAGAAAGAUCCUGUUAGACACUUUGGAUGAUUUGGGAGCUGAAGACUUUGAAAAGUUCAAGUGGCUUCUGCAGGACAAGACACUGUUGAAAGGCUUCAAACUAAUCCGACUAUGUCAGCUGGAGAAUGCAAACAGAAUCGACACACUGAAUCAGCUGCUGAAAACCUACAGUUUAUACACUGUUAGAGUCAUCAGAAUUAUUUUGGUGGCGAUAAACAGGAAUGAUCUUGAGCAGGAAUUGUCAAAAUUGUCCUUUGAGCCCGAAGAGAUUCUUGCCCAGUGCCAGACAAAACUCAAAUCCAGAGUGACAAAUAUGUUUCAGUCUGUGUUUGAGGGGAUCAGAAAAGCAGGAAAUAAAAAUAUCAAAAGAAAAUUCAAGGAGAUUUACACAGAUCUCUACGUCACAGUGGAAAAAACUGAAGAAGACGAUAAGAAGCAUGAGGUCAUACAGAUUGAAACAGCAUCCAGGAAAACAGACACUCAAGACACAAUCAUCACCUGUAGAGACAUCUUUAAAGGCUCAACUAACACUGGUGAGCCAAUCAGAAAAGUUCUGACCAAAGGAGUGGCUGGCAUUGGGAAAACAGUCUUAACACAGAAGUUCAGUCUGGACUGGGCUGAAGACGAAGCCAACCAGGACAUACAGUUCACAUUUCCAUUUACUUUCAGAGAGCUGAAUGUGCUGAAAGAGAAAAAGCUCAGCUUGGUAGACCUGAUUCACCAUUUCUUUUCUGAAAUUGAAGAGGCAGGAAUCUGCAUCUUUGAAGACUUCCGGAUUUUGUUCAUCUUUGACGGUCUAGAUGAGUGUCGACUUCAUCUGGACUUUGAAAACACCACCAUCAUGACUGAUGUUGCAGAGUCCGCCUCAGUGGAUAUGCUGCUGAUAAACCUCAUCAAAGGGAACCUGAUUCCCUCUGCUCGCCUUUGGAUAACUACAAGACCUGCAGCAGCCAGUCAGAUUCCUGCUGACUGUUUUGACUUGGUGACAGAGGUCAGAGGGUUCACUGACCCUCAGAAGGAGGAAUACUUCAAGAAGAGAUUCAGCGAUGAAGAACAGGCCAAUGCAAUCAUCUCCCACAUCAAGAAAUCUUCAAGCCUCCACAUCAUGUGCGACAUCCCAAUCUUCUGCUGGAUCACUGCUAAAGUUCUGGAGCAUGUGUUGAAAACGUCAAAUGGAGGAGAGCUGCCCAAGACCCUGACUGAGAUGUACAUCCACUUCCUGGUGGUUCAGGCCAAACUGAAGAGUAUGAAGUAUGAUGGAAGAUCAGAGAAAGAUUCACACUGGAGCUCAGAGACCAUGGAGAUGAUUGUGUCUCUGGCAAAACUGGCUUUUGAGCAGCUGCAGAAAGGAAACCUGAUCUUCUAUGAAUCAGACCUGACAGAGUGUGGCAUUGAUAUCAGAUCAGCCUCAGUCUACUCAGGAGUGUUCACAGAAGUCUUUAAAGAGGAGAAAGGGAUGUAUGAAAACAUCAUGUUUUGCUUCAUCCAUCUGAGCGUUCAGGAGUUUCUAGCUGCUCUUCACGUCCAUCAGACCUUCAUCAACACUGGAGUUAAUCUGCUGUCAGAAAAAACAUGGUGGUCUAAACUAUUUGGAGGCAAACCUACAUUAACCUAUCUCCUCCAGAUUGCUGUGGACAAGGCCUUACAGAGUCCAAAUGGACAUCUGGACUUGUUCCUCCGAUUCCUCAUGGGUCUUUCAUGUCAGACCAAUCAGAAUCUCCUACGAGGUCUGCUGACACAGACAGGAGGUAGCUCAGAGACCAAUCAGAAGACAGUUGAGUACAUCAAGAAGAAGAUCAGUGAGAAUGUGUCUAUAGAGAGCAAGAUUAAUCUGUUCCACUGUCUGAAUGAACUGAAUGAUUUUUCUCUGAUGAAUGAGCUUCAAUGGUUCAUGAAUUCAGCAAGUCUCUUCUCAGAUAAACUAUCUCCUGCUCAGUGGUCAGCUCUGGCCUACAUCUUACUGUCAUCAUCUAAAGAUCUGGAUGUGUUUGACUUAAAGAAAUACUAUCCAUCAGAGGAGACUCUUCUGAGGCUGAUGCCAGUGGUAAAAGCCUCCAACAAAGCUCUGCUGGACCACUGUAGUCUGUCAGAGAGAAGCUGUGAAGCUUUGUCCUCAGUUCUCAGCUCCCAGUCCUCCAAACUCAGAGAGCUUGAUCUGAGUAACAAUGAUCUUCAGGAUUCAGGAAUGAAGUUACUUUCUACUGGACUGAGGAGUCUUAACUGUACACUGGAGACUCUCAGAUUGUCAGGCUGUCUGGUUACAAAGGAAGGCUGUUCUGCUCUGGUCUCAGCUCUAAAGUCCAAUCCCACCCAUCUAAGAGAACUAGACCUAAGCUAUAAUCAUCUAGGAGAAUCAGGAGUGAAGCUUCUCUCUGUUCAACUGGAGGAUCCACAGUGGAGACUGGACACACUCAGAGUGGAACCUGGAGGACCAAAGUGGUUGAUACCUGGUAUGAAGAAGUAUUAUUGUGAACUCACACUGGAUCCAAACACUGUAUCAACAAACCUUGAACUUUCUGACAACAACAGGAAGGUGAAAAUUCAAAGGACUGACGAUCAAAGAUAUCCUGAUCAUCCAGACAGAUUUGACAGGUAUUCUCAGCUGCUGUGUUCAACUGGUUUGACUGGUCGCCAAUACUGUGAGGUGGAGAGGACAGGACGGGUUCGCAUCACAGUGACUUACAAAGGAAUCAGAAGGAAAGGAGGCGGUAACGACUGUCAACUUGGAGGAAACGAGAAGUCCUGGGGUCUAGAAUGCUCUCAUAUGGGUUAUUAUGUCUGUCACAAGGACAUGUAUCAUCAACUCAAUCGCUACCCCACCUCCCUCUCCUCUGGAAGGGAAGCGGUGUAUGUGGACUUUCCUGCUGGAUCUCUAUCUUUCUUCAGAGUUUCUUCUGAUGAACUGAUUCACCUCUACACCUUCAACAUCGCAUUCACUGAACCAGUAUACGUUGGGUUUUGGUUAAUGUCUCAUGAUGCUUCGGUGUCUGUUUAAUGUGGAACACACCUGAUAUUAACAUCAACUUCACAUCUACAAACAAACUGAUGAUGUGCUCUGUAUAGCUCCUAAUUAAAUGGAGUUUACUUUGAUUCUACAUGUCUGUUAUGUUGUACAGUAUAUCCUAUGAUAUGAUAAUGAUUUUGAUCAGUGAUGCUAUUCUGAUCACCACCAUGGCACGUCACUAUGCCUGAAUUGUCGUGGAUUUUACUGCCCAAAGGUGGAAACAGAAAUAAAAGUGCCAUCAUGGAUGUGUCUGAAGAAUAAAGCCUAAAGAUUACUAAUCAGUAAUGAAGCCUGAAAAAAGAAUUUGCUUAGUUGAAAGUUUUAUUGAUUUCUUGGUAAUUUUCUUUGAUAUUGAUUCUGUUAUAUUCUUCAGUUUACAAGCCAGUAAUGUUUCUAUUCCAUACAUACUUUGAUAUUAUUUUUAUGGUUAUUAUUGUCAUAUUUGUGUUUACCUUGAUUUAAAAUGAAUAAAAUAUAAAGACACAA